AUGUAUAUUCCAAGCAAUUCAACAGUCGACUCGAAAAAUUCCUUUACGGCAGCUACGACGGCUACUACUACUACGACUACUACCACUACCACUACCACUACCACUACCACUACUAUAAAAAAAAGAGCUACUACAAGUAGCAACAACACUAGUAAUGCCAACAGAAUGAUUGCCAUUAGUAAAAGCCAUCAAAAUAACCGCCAACAUCUUGCUCACUCUCAUCAUAGCCACCAUCACCGACAUCCUCAUUGGUCUGAUAUCUGUACAGAAUUCUUUAGAGUGAUUGUUUCGAAAAAGAAGCAACAGCAACCCUUCUUUCCUACUGUAAAUAAUAAUAAUAAUAAUAAUAAUAAUAAUAAUAAUAACAACCGGCAAUAUCAACAAAAGAAUUACAAUAAUAUCAAUAAUAAUGAAAACAACGAUCUUUCUUUGGAACAAUUAUCUGAAUUCCAAAAGAACUAUGUCUCUUUUCCCGAUUUCGAUACUUACGAAGCCAACAGUAACACAGCUUUGACUAUCCUUACUACCACUGGCGAUACUGCAGUUACCAAGGCGAGUCAUGCUGUCGCUCAUACAGCUACAACGAGUAGUAGUACUACUACCACCGCUGUUGCUGCAACUGUUGUAAUGACAUCUCCUACUUGUGGGAGACAGAAUCAUAGCAUAACAAGUCCAAAUAGUAAUUACUGGGAACUAACUUCACACUGUUGA